AUGUUCAGACCUUAUGAUGGCUUGUCUGAGUACAAGGAGGAGCUACUGCAAGCACUGGACAGCGAUAUCGCUCGAUUCUCCGCAAUGCCAGACUUUUCGUACCGAAAAAGUCUUGCUCAUGCUGCAUUAGCCGAGCUUUUCGAAGAAGCAGCAGGAGGAUCUACGAAUAAAGAAGACCUGAACGAUGAGCCUCCACUGGAAUCGCUGCAGCUGUUUACGCAAUGGUCUCGAGAAGAGUCAGAUGCUUGUGGUCGCCCGCUGGCCACUCAGUCAUCCGACAGAUGCACGACUGGCGAAGCAACCUUCGUCUGCGACUUGAAAGUCAAAGGUCUGGCCCAUGCUGCGUUUGUCCUUUCAACGCAGCCUCAUGCUAAAAUCGCUGAAAUUGAUACUACCCGCGCGCUCGAGCAAGAGGGUGUGCUUGGUUUCAUCAGCAUAGAUGACAUUCCUAAAGGAGGCACAAAUAAUCCUGGUAAACUGCCAAUCAAUAUUUAUGGCCCGGAUGAUACCCCCAUCUUUUCUGGUGACGAGGUGAAUGCUGUGGGUCAAAUCAUAGGAAUGAUAGUGGCGACGGAUAUAAUUAUUGCUCGCAGAGCAGCAAAAUUGGUCAACGUUAAAUAUCACCUCGAGCUGCCUGCUAUUAUCACUAUGGAGGAUGCCAUACAAGAGAAGUCUUACCUUGCAGAUCCAUGGAUUUUUGGUGCUGAAGAAGAUACCGUACAAGAAGAGUUAGCGAAAAGCAACAUUGUAGUUGAAGGGCAAGCUCAAAUUGGAGCGCAAGAGCAUGUCUACAUGGAAACCCAAAGUUGCGUCGCCAUUCCUGGUGAAGAUGAUGAAUGGGUUAUCCAUACAUCCAGUCAGGCUCCAGCUGCCGUUCAGCUGCACGUAUCAGCUGCGCUUGGAAUUCCAGCUCAUAAGGUUAUAGUUAAGGUAAAACGAGUUGGUGGUGCCUUCGGAGGUAAGGCUUCCCAAAGUAUUCCAGCGGCAGUAUGUGCUGCCGUUGCUGCAAAUGUGCUGAAAAGACCUGUUAGUGUCGUAAUGAGCAGACAUGAGGAUAUGCUAAUAACUGGGAAACGACAUCCUGCUAUGAUCAAAUACAAAGUUGGCGUCGACCCCCGAGGCCUACUGAAAAGCGCACAUCUUCAAUUUUAUCUUGAUGGAGGCUACAGUUUGGAUAUGUCAAAUAUGGUAACAUGGCUAGCAGCAGCGUCAUCCGAUGCAUGUUUCUACAUUCCCGUAAUGAGAUCCGAAGGUUACACAUUGAAAACUAACAAGAAUAGUAACACUGCUUUUCGCGGUUUCGGAAUUCCGCAGGCCUACUUUGCCAUGAACUGUAUCCUGGAACAUGUAGCACAUGCUGUUGAAAAGCCGCUGGAAGAGAUCCAGGAAAUGAAUUUUAAUCGUGUAGGGGGAACAGCUUUGCUGGGAUACGAAAUCAUAAAUGACAACCUUCUCGACUGCUGGAAAGAAUGCCUGAAGUUAAGUGCUUUUCAAGAAAAGCGGGAUGAAGUAGACGAAUUCAACAAGAAAUCUACAAACAUCAAAAGAGGGAUAGCUCUUGGAACAACCAGAUAUGCACUAACACAUGCAGGAUCUGCUGAACAGGCAUCUGCAUUAGUCCAAAUUUACCUGGACGGAACGGUCGCCGUGUCGAUAGGAGGCGUGGAAAUGGGGCAAGGGCUAAACACGAAAUGUCUCCAAGUUGCUUCUCGUGCUUUAGGCCUUCCCCUUGAUAUGAUAACUAUAAUUGAUUCUGGGACCGAUAAAACCGCCAAUGCUCCUGAAACAGGAGGUAGUCAGAACGCCGACACCCAUGGCAAAGCUGUCAAGGUUUGCUGCGAAAAGCUGUUGGAAGUGCUAGAACCCGUGUUGAAAGAGGAACCAGACUGGAGAAAGGCAAUAAUUAAGGCAUACGCUAUGAAGCUGAAACUUCAAGUAUCAGAACAUAUCACUAUUGAGCGAAAGAAAUAUGGAAUUCCUGAAGACUCGCCUACUUACCAAACGAGCGGAGCAGCCUGCGUGAUGUCUGAGGUAGACUGUCGGACUGGCGAACAAAAGCUUUUAUCGGUUGAUGUGGUUCUGGAUGUAGGACGAAGUCUAAAUCCUGCUAUAGACAUUGGCCAAAUAGAAGGCGCUUUUAUGCAGGGUUACGGUCUCAUGACGAGCGAAGAAUUUGCUUACGAUGACAAUGGCAAGCCUAUUCAAGACUCAAUGUACAAGUACAAAAUACCAACGGCUGCCACGGUACCUCGAAGGUUCCGAGUAAAACUUCUGAAAGAUUCGGACACGUUUGCUGAGCAGGUCUAUUCUUCAAAGGGAAUAGGAGAACCACCGCUCAUGCUCAGUGUGACUGCUCUCGCUUCAUUGCGCUAUGCUAUAAACGCUCGUCGUCGAGAUUUAGGAUUUUCUGAUUUUGUAGAGUUGUCGGCUCCGCUGACAACAGCAAAAAUCAUCUCCUUUUGUAAUCCAUAAUUACUUUACUGAUUUAUCUAUGUUGCUCAACAUAUGUGCUCACUGACUGUCAAUAUCUGCUCAGCUAUGUGGAUUAAUCUCUACUGCAUUUAUUCGCUUGCGAAUGAAGAAUUUGAAUGCA